AUGUUUGCGCUGCUAAGUCUCCUUUUGUCAACCAUUCUUGCUACGGCCAUCGCGUCUGACGCCAAAUGCGGCGUCCGCGGUGGGGCCCAGAAUACCGCAGGCGGCAUUUCCCAGAUCGUGGGUGGAGACAAGGCGGCACCCCUUGAGUUCCCUUGGCAAAUCUCUCUUCGGAUCCUCAACCUCACCGCCAACUACGAGAAAGGCCACACAUGCGGCGGAUCCAUCAUUAACAAACAGCACGUCAUGACAGCGGCCCACUGCGUGGAAGGCGGAAUACCAGCAGAAUAUGUUGUUGUGGUCGGCGACCAAAAUAUCAACGUACAAGAUCCCACAGAAGAAAGGAUUGGAGUGCAGAAGAUAACAGUUCAUCCACUCUACAAUUCGAGGACAACUCAGUAUGACUACGCAAUACUGAAGCUCGACAAGGUUCUGGACUUCGAUGGUCAGGAGAAGCAUCUCAUGCCCAUCUGCCUUCCCUCGUACUACGAGAACUUUGAUGGAGAAACCUGCACUGCCAGUGGAUGGGGACUUACCAAAGACCGAACUGAAGGGGGAGUCGACACGAACCCCGAUCUCCUAAAAGUAGACUUGCCCAUCGUGCCGUACAGUGAAUGCCGGAGGAUCUACCGGAGAGUAAACACAGUCGAUAGAAACACAAUGAUUUGCGCAGGAACCACAGAAGGUGGAAAGGGGACUUGCCAGGGCGAUUCCGGAGGACCCCUGCAGUGUCAAAGGUCGGAUGGCCGCUACGUGCUGGCAGGAUUGACAUCCUGGGGUACCAUAUGUGCCGCUCCAAAUCAACCUACCGUGUUCUCUAGGGUCUCAACCCAGCUGCUUUGGAUUUGGCUAACUGCUGGAGCGACUCCGUAA